AUGGUAGUUGAAGGGAAGUUGAAAAGUGGAAAUAGGUGCAGAAGUUAACUGCUAUGAUGAUGAAGUGUAGGGAAGUUGCUAGCUUACUCGAUUUGAGUUCGCUUGCUGCCGACAAUUUUGUGAAUGAAGUCUCUGAGCACAAGAGACUUGAACGGCAGAAACACUUUAGCACUGAUGGGGCAAGCCCAGUACAGUGCGGUACCCACUAUGCUCGCUGUGGUCUCCGCAGUCACACGCCCAUCAUGGCGCUCGAAUCCUUCGAUGCGAACUGAGAACCAAAUUCUCUCACUACGCAGCCGUAAACCAGCUCUUCAAAAUCCAGCCGCUUUUUCUCGAUCGUGUUUACUUUCGAUACUGUACAGGCACACCUUAUUGUACAGUACUUUACUGUAACUGUCAGAAUCUGAUGAUUACGACCAGUCUGAAUUUCAC